AUGAGCGUCUCUGAGCCCGCUAACAGUUUCCCCGUCAGUGGGGUGGGCGGCUCCCGCAUGAAGCUCCCUCUCCACAGUGCGGGAGACCACAACGGGAAUGCUUUCCCAAUUUCAUCUUCCUCCUCAUCUUCCUCUUCCUCGUCCUGCCUCGGGGAGUCGUCUCCUGAGUCACUGCGGAGUCUGAGCAGCCUGAGCGAAGGCCGGACCGACAGCCCGCUGGACUACAACAUGUUCGACGUUACCCUGACGACGGUGAAAACUGUGACUCUGAAGUCUGUCGUUUCAGACUGGACGCCAGAGGAGGAGCGUAACCCGGACGACGGCGAUGACGGCGAUGACGGCGAUGACGGUGACGACGCCUCGUUGGGGAAAUCUCAAACUGUGGCAGAGUCAACCGACAACUCCGUGUCGGUUUACCUGGACGCCAACGGCGACGACUGCCAGCAGGACAGCUGGAACGACAACCUGACGCUCGCCCUGUCACUGACAGGAAACGGCGGCCUCAUCAACGAGGACCUCAGCAGUGGAAGCAGUAACGAGAGAAGGCGCAGCUCCGCAACUCCAGACUCGGACAGAAGCAGUACGACGAUCACGAGCUCAGGGAGUCGGUCAGGUGUCGGCAUCGUGACGUCAGGUGUGAAUGCUGAGCUGGAGGAGGUGGAGGUGGACGGGCCUGCGGUCCACUGUCCUCCGUCCACAGGACGUCACACAGAUCCUCCCGCCUCUGAAGACCUCAGUGAAGACACACAGAUGCCGACUGAAGAUGUUAAGAAAACGAGCUCUCCUCCACCUGAAGAGGCUGAAACAGGUGUAGAGGGCUCCAAACCUCCGCCCUCCCAGCCUGAUGUGAGUCUGGCAGCAAGACCCAGACCUGCUCCCAGGUCAGCCGUCUCCACAGCUGCCAAACCGCCCGGUCCAGAAGCAAAGAGGGUUUCCAGAGUGGACUUAAAAACAGUCAAAGCUAAAGUGGGAUCACGGCCCGCCCCCUCCCCACCUAAACCUGCCACCCAGAAUAAAUCUGCCCCGUCCAAUGGGAAGAGAGCUGUGGUGAGGAAGGAGGAGGUGCAGGCCGGCGAUGGAGGUAAAAGACAGAGGUCGUCUGCAGGUCCCAUCAAAGUGGCUGUGAUCAGAGGAAAGAGCAGGAACAUCAAGCCAAACCACAGGAAAGCAGCCGGGGAGCCGGCCGCGCCGCAGGAGAAGAGUUUAUCCGUCAGUCGAACCCUGUCCACUUCGACCAGCUCGCUGGGCUCCGAGGUCGCUGGGGAAAAAUGCCUAAAUGAUCCCAGGAAGGCCGGCCGGGACGUGCCCGAUAAACAUGGAAAAUCUGAUGAGGAGGAAGCAAAAUGCCCAAAUAAGGAGUGUGUGGAGGAGCAAACGGAGGGCUCGGGAGAGGCUUUGGUGUCGGCUGCCGCUGAGGAGAAACCACGGACGCCUAGCAGGUCAGAGGGGGAGGAACAUGGAGGGCUGGGGGCGGGGAGAGAAAAAGCUCCUGGCCCCGUCCGAGCUCGGGUUCUCGAGGGGAGUGUACGACACAAUGAAAGUCUCCUCCAAGCUGGGACCCAGCCCCAGGCCUCAGGGGAGAGGCACCAGAGUGGACCGGGGCCCUCGGGACCAGCUCCAGGCUCGGGGACUGGACCUCCAGGUCAGGGGAGCCCCGGUCCCAGGCAAGCCCAGACGGAUGGCUCCACACUGGGAGAAGGUGGGUCGAGUGCUGGGAGUGGAGCUCCAACCACCAAGAGUCAGGGCAUCCCCAAACCUCGCACCUCUGCAGCCUGUGGUCCCACAGCAGCUAAACCGACAGCCAAUCAGCAACCGGGGUCAGCAGGGCGCCCCGCCACACCCACCGCCGCCUCAAAACUUCCUGUUAAAGGGUUACCCACAAGCCUUAGCUCCUCCUCACUGGGAAGUAACGAGAACAAUGGAGGCGUGAGCAAAGCAUCUCCAGCAGCACCAACAGGGGCCGUACCAGACGAGCGGCCCAGCAGAAGCACACUUCCUGUGGGCAGCCAGAGUGCAGCAAAGCCCUCCGUCUCCAGCAGCACCACCAGCACCAGUACUCCCAGUGACGCUGUUACAAACGGUCCCAGCACUGCUGCUCCAAAACCUCCCGCCCUGAGGAGCAGAGCUCUGUCUCUGCAGGCCAGGACCUCCAGCACAGGUCUGAAGCCCCCGACGAUCACCAACCAGAACGCAGCGAGGACGGCAGCCGCGAAGUCGAACCCCGCUGCCGGUCAGGGGCUCACGAAGCAGGCGACGCAGUCCCCGUUACAGCGCAGCGGCUCGGCGAGGGUCAGCCGGCUGAACGGCGCAGUGGAUAAAAACAACAAGCCGCGGGAGGCACCGGGGAAAACGCCGUCACACACCGGCAGCAGCUCGCAGACGGCAGCAUCCACCGGAGGAAACAACCAGAACCUGCAGCUGCCUCCACCCGACCUGAUACCAGAUGACGUGAAUGCUAAUGCACCAGUGGCACCAGUUCCUCCAGUGCCUGCCACUAACACCACCAACACUGCCACGUCAGGAACCGCCGGACCCUCGACUCUCGGUUUGAAAGCGAGAACCGGGCCACGAUCCGGCCCCAGAGCCGGGUCCCGUCUUCAGAGCGCGUCCAGAGCUGGCGGCCAUGGAGGCGCGGUGGCGUCGGACGGGACGAACGCGAUCAAACAGAACCACAGCAAAGAGCAGGCAGAGAAGAAGAACCAGGCCAUCGUUCAGCUGAGGAAGCUGCUCGUGCAAGGGAAUAAAAAAGUGGAGGCUCUGGCUACAGUCAUCCAACAUCUCUUCACUGAGCGUGAGGAGACCCUGAAGCAGAAGAAGGAGCUGUCGCAGGAGCUGGCCAACCUCCGGGACGAGCUGGUCGUGUCAUCGCAGUGCUGCGAGCGUCUGCAGAAGGAGAAGCAGGAGGCGCGCAUUGGCUUCGAGCAGGCGCUGAAGAGGCUGCGGGAGCAGCACCGGGAGGAGCUGGCACAGCUGGAGGAAAGGCUUACCAGUUUUUACCAAACCGAGUGGGACAAAGUCCACCAGACGUACCAGGAGGAGGCGGACAAAUGUCGCGUCCUGAUGGAGAAACAGGUGGAGGAGCUGAGGAGCCGACAGGAAGUGGAGAGGAAGAAACAGGAAGUGAGUCACAGCCAGAAGAUGGAGUCUCUGAAACAGCAGUACGAGGCCUCAUUAGAAGAGAUGAAGACGAUCCAUCGUUCCGACCUGGAGACUCUGGAAAAAGCCCUGAAGGACACUGAAACUUCUCUCUCUGAAAAACUCACCGAGCUCACGGCGGAGAAAGAAGACCUGAGCGAGAAGCUGCAAGCCGAGGAGGAGAGGAGGAAGAGGAUACUCACCGACAAGAAUCUGAAGGACUCCCACACUGUGUACCUGGAGAAGGAGCUGGAGAGUCUGAAGGUGGUGCUGGAGAUCAAGAACAACCAGCUGCAUCAGAAGGAGAAGAAGCUGAUGGAGAUGGACAAACUGGUGGAGACGAACGUGAAGCUGGAGGAGUGCCUGAAGAAGGUGCAGCAGGAGAACGAGGACUACAAGGCCAGGAUGGACAAACACGCCGCGCUGUCCAAGCAGCUGUCCAGCGAGCAGGCCAUACUGCAGCAGACGCUGCAGAAGGAGUCAAAGGUCAACAAGCGGCUGUCCAUGGAGAAUGAGGAGCUGCUGUGGAAGCUGCACAACGGCGACCUGCUGGCGAGCCCCGCCGCCUCUCGCCCACCUCCCCCUUCAGCUCGCCGCAGAACUCCGCCUCCUUCCCCACAGCUGCGCCGUUAUCGCCCAGAUAACCCACCGGCCCCCCGCGCUCCCCCUCCCGAGUUGGAGCGGUGCCGCUGGACGUGAAGCCAUCGCAGACUUGUACAGUUUUCAAUAAAUAUCUUAUUUUGAAAAGACGCUGCAGCGGCACCGACGCACUUAAACCAGAGCGCGGCUCCGGGCCGAGCUCGCCGUCUCGGAACGCCCGGUCCUCCUCGGAGCGUUCUUCCUCCUCUGAAGAAACCAGCAGGCACGCCUCAGGGUCUGUACAUAGCUCCUCCUCCCUGACCGCUGCUCCGCUCGCCUCCUCGGGGGGAAACCUUGGAUUCGUGGAUGUUUGUGGAAACGCUCCGGGCUGUUUGGGUUCCACGGAUCACAGACUCUUUUUUUUUUUUUUUUUUCCCUCCAAAGAGCGAAGCUCAAUCAGCGUCCCGCCUGGGACGGAAUCACGCCUCGCACAGACCUCUGCCCUGUCACGACCUCGACCUUAACCUGCUUUGUGGAAUGUAAUCACCCGUGGAUGUUCGACGUUGGGGGCCGGCCUCAGAGCCAGAUAUGCAGACCGGUGCCCAAUCAGAACGGAGUCUGACCUGCUGUGCCGUGCCCCUCCCUCACUGACACACUGGCCUGUUUUACUGUUUCUGUUUGUCCUGAAAAACCUCAGAUUUACCUAGAAUGCCUCAGUGUAUAAUGUUCUUUUAUUUUGGACAGAAUAAAUGCGACAUGACAUCA